AGACAGGAAGGGAUUCUCCCUGGCCCCGGGUAUCAGUGACAAAUCUACCUAAAGGGCAGGAAAAACGACUGGGCCUUGGGUCCUGAGCCAGUACCGGAGGACUUCAGGGUACCCAGAACCAUGGAAGCGUCCAGGAAAAGCCAUAUAAAAGUGGAGGCGGGAGGGGUAGGGUGUGUUCCAAGCUACUUGGCUCCUGCCUGGAGCAGCCCUGCGGCUCCCUUCAACCCUUAUUGUAUCUGCAGCCUUCUACUCCGAGCGAGAGCAAGACCUAGCAGGCUGGGCUGGACGUGCCCCCGCCUGCCCGCCGCGCUAGCCUGCGCCGCGACGCUGGGGCCGGCCCGGGACGCUGACCGUGCUUGGGAGCUGGGCGGAGGGCUCCAGGAGUUUGUACUGGCUGUCGCGAGGUCCCCACAACGUCACUCGACCCGCUGUACCCUUGUGCGGUCCCGCGAGACCCUUGCUCGCCCAAGGCGGACUCUGGGGACACAGCUAUCCACGUGCGGGCUGCAGACUGGACGCCGCGGGCUCCAUAGCAGACACCUGCCUGGGCCACAAUGCUGUCAUCUGGUGACUUGUCAUCUGCAUCCUGGGAGCUUGUGGUCAGAGUUGACCAUGGAAAUGAAGAGCAGCAGACAGACAUCACGCUGAGGGUGUCUGGGGACCUGCAUAUUGGGGGAGUGAUGCUCAAGCUCGUGGAACAGAUGAACAUAGCCCAAGACUGGUCAGACUUUGCUCUGUGGUGGGAGCAGAAGCGCUGCUGGCUUCUGAAAACGCACUGGACCCUGGACAAGUGUGGGGUCCAGGCUGACGCCAAACUUCUCUUCACCCCUCAGCAUAAGAUGCUUCGCCUUCGCCUCCCCAACACCAAGACCGUGCGGCUGCGCGUCAGCUUUUCGGCUGUGGUGUUUAAGGCUGUCGCUGAUAUCUGCAAAGUGCUGAAUAUCAGAAGACCAGAAGAGCUUUCAUUGUUAAAGCCUUCUAAUGACUAUGGUAAAAAGAAAAAGAAGAAAGAAAAAAAUAGUAAAGAGCCAGUGAUCGAAGACAUCCUGAACCUGGAAAGUUCUCCAACAAGCUCGGGUUCCCCAGUAAGCCCAGGCUUGUACAGUAAGACCAUGACCCCCACAUAUGACCCCAUCAAUGGGACACCAGCCUUAUCCACGAUGACUUGGUUUGGUGACAGCCCUUUGACAGAGCAAAACUGCAGUGUUCUAGCCUUCAGCCAACCUCCUCCAUCACCAGAAGUCCUUGCUGACAUGUUCCAGCCUCGAUCUUUGGUUGACAAAGCCAAGAUGAAUGCAGGCUGGCUGGAUUCCUCAAGAUCCCUUAUGGAACAAAGGAUUCAGGAGGAUGAGCAGCUGCUGCUGAGGUUUAAAUACUGCACCUUCUUUGACUUGAAUCCUAAAUAUGACGCUGUCCGAAUAAACCAACUCUACGAGCAAGCCAGGUGGGCUGUUCUCCUGGAGGAAAUCGACUGCACAGAGGAAGAAAUGCUGAUCUUUGCAGCCCUGCAGUAUCACAUCAGCAAGCUGUCCCUGAGUGCUGAAAUACAGGACUUUGCAACCAAGUCUGAAGUCGACGAGGUCGAAGCAGCACUGUCUAGUUUGGAAGUGACCCUCGAAGGCGGGAAGGCAGACAACACUUUGGAGGACAUUACUGACAUCCCUAAACUUGCAGAUUAUCUCAAACUAUUUAAGCCCAAGAAGCUAAUGUUAAAAGCUUUCAAGCAAUACUGGUUUGUCUUUAAAGACACAUCUAUAGCCUACUUUAAAAAUAAGGAACUUGAGCAAGGAGAGCCAAUAGAGAAGCUAAACAUUAGAGGCUGUGAAAUUGUGCCAGAUGUGAAUGUAUCGGGGAGAAAAUUUGGAAUCAAGUUACUAAUCCCUGUUGCUGAUGGUAUGAAUGAAGUGUAUUUGAGAUGUGACCAUGAGGAUCAGUAUGCCCAGUGGAUGGCUGCUUGCAUCUUGGCAUCGAAAGGUAAAACCAUGGCAGACAGCUCCUAUCAGCCAGAAGUCGUCAGCAUCCUUUCAUUUCUCAAGAUGAAAAACCGGAACUCAUCACCUCUGGUGACUUCCAGUCUCGAAAGCAUGGAUAUGAACCCAGAAUGCUUAGUAUCACCCCGCUGCGCAAAAAAGCACAAGUCUAAACAGCUGGCAGCCCGGAUCCUGGAAGCUCACCAUAACGUAGCCCAGAUGCCUCUGGUCGAAGCCAAACUGCAGUUCAUCCAGGCAUGGCAGUCCUUACCUGAGUUCGGCCUCACCUACUACCUUGUCAGAUUUAAAGGAAGCAAGAAAGAUGACAUCCUGGGAGUUUCCUACAACAGGCUGAUCAGAAUCGAUGCAAUCACUGGGAUACCAGUUACAACAUGGAGAUUCGCCAAUAUGAAGCAGUGGAAUGUCAACUGGGAAAUCCGGCAGGUGGCAAUCGAGUUUGACCAAAACGUCUCCAUCGCAUUCACCUGCCUAAGUGCUGAUUGCAAGAUUGUCCACGAGUACAUUGGGGGCUACAUCUUCUUGUCCACACGAUCCAAGGACCAAAAUGAAACACUCGAUGAGGACCUCUUUCACAAACUGACUGGCGGUCAGGACUGAAGUGAAGCCGGCCAACUUGGCCUACACGGACUAGGAGUACCUUCCAGAGUGGAUAGGAUCUGUGGCUUUCCCUGUGUGUAGCUUGCGGACCAACACAAUGUAUGCUUGCCAUCAGAUGCCCAGGAUCUGCCUCGUCUGAGUACACUGAACACAUCCCUCUCCUUACUUUGCCUCACACUGCCAGCAGUAAACUGGGCUCCUGCUGCUUUUCCUGUAAAGUGGGUGGGGAGAGAGAGGGCUGGUACUCUAUGGAUGCUCUAAGGCCCAUCAUUUCUCCAGCUCUGUGGCUUUGCAGGCACAAGCAAGUGCUAUCCAGCAGCUGGCCUGCUUAUAUGCCUCACAGUAAGUCAGCAGAGAGAAGAGUGGGGUAAAAGGGAUGCAUAGCGAGUAGAAAUCUCACUCCACACCCUCAGGUCCUUCCUUAACAAAACUGAGCAUAGCUGUCAUCUUGCCAAAGAGGUAGAGGGAGCCUUGGCAUCUUUUUUCUUUGGAGGUCAAAGAGAUGAGUGGGAAAGAGCAGGUUACAGUGGUCUUCAACAUCCUCAGUUUACUGUGACUGUCACAUCUCUUAAGGUGACCACUCACCAUCUGGUCUCAUCAUUGGUCCUCAUUGUAUUGCUGACAUGAGAAGCUCCAUUCCUAGGGAAUCCCACAGACACAUUGAAAUCCUUCUUAAAGACACGGGUACUGAAGGGAUACAUGGGAGCCCAUUGUUAGCCAAGAUCCAUAACUCAGUCGAUUCGAUUCUGGACUGGGUCUCAAGAAAACAGACCUGUAGACAGCAACAAUCAAAUUAUGGACCCAUGAAGGAGGGCAGUUUUGGUAGAAGCUCAGGCAGUCCCUAUGGUGGUAGCUAUGGAUCUAGAGGUGGAAGUGGUAGAUAUGGUAGCAGAAGGUUUUAAAAUAAAACAGAAACGGCUACAGUUCUUAGCAGGAGAGAGAGAGGAGUUGUCAGGAAAGCUACAGGUUACUUUGAGAUGGUCGUCCCAAAUGCAUUAGAGGAACUGUAAAAAUCUGCCACAGAAGGAACGAUGAUCCAUAGUCAGAAAAGUCACUGUGGCUUAAACAGGAGCCCUUCUUGUUCAGGACUGUCACAGCCACAGUUUGCAAAAAGUGCAGCUAUUGGUUAAUGCAAUGUAGUGUCAAUUAGAUGUACAUUCCUGAGAUCUUUUUUUUUCUUUUUCUUUUUCUUUUUCUUUUUCUUUUUCUUUUUUUCUGGCUGUCCUGGAACUCACUCUGUAGACCAGGCUGGCCUUGAACCAUUCCCGAGAUCUUAAAAAAAAAACGGGGGGGGGGGGAAUAAAAGAAAAGAGGCCCAGCUCUCUAUUAAUCAAAAGCACCUUGCUGGCACUAGGAAGCUAGGUCAGCAAUUAAGAGGGUUUGCUGCUCCUGCACAGGACCUCAACUGAGUUCCAAGUACCUAGCUUUAAGGGAUCUGAUGCCUUCUUCUGAACUCUGUGGGCACCUGCACGUGCGCGCGCGUGUACACACACACACACACACACACACACACACACACACACACACUAAAAACUACUCAAAAAAAAAAAAAAAGUCUGGCAGGAUUCCAAGUCCAGUCAGGCCUCCGUUCCAACCAACAAGGAAAGGCCGGCAAGUCCGUUCCAGAGUCCACCAUGUAGAAAUUCGGCUUUCAGACCCCGGGCUGGGUCUGGGUUGUAAGAAAGUGUUCUUCUUACUACUCAGCUGCAUUGUUGAUGUGGAGCCUGCCUCUUCGAUUCUUGCCAUUUCCCCUAAACAUCUUCAGCUUUGUAAAUCACAAGAGAAUAGCAGACUCUUGGGGGCUGCUUUUUGCAGUAUCCUCCCUGCCCUGCUACAAGCCUAAGCCCUUGACAGCCGCCUGAAUGUCAUAAUCUGGUUUUUCGGUAAGAGGGAAUGAGUGGGGUUUGAGUAGGUGGAGCCUUGGAGCUAAAGGGAGGUGUUUUCUUUUGUAGAUAAACUGCCUUCUCCUUCCACGCAAACUCAGACUGCAUAGAUAGAGCAAGAACUCUCCUUGAACUCUGCCUUUCUCCUAUGCUGUGUGUUUCAGGGUUCUGGAUGGAGCCCAGAGACCUUCAAACCUCAGCUGUUACUUUGUUUCCCAACAAAGCCACCUGGGAAGGGAGAGUGCCAGGAGUCAGGAGACAGUCCUGGCUUGAGACCACAGACCUGAGCCAGAAGAACCUUCUGAAGGUUUCUUUUAGCCUCUCCCUAGAGGUGUGUACUCAUGAAACUAUCCAGGUAUCCACUCACUGAAUUUCUGGGGCUCAACUUUGCUUGGAAGUGCUUUAAGCAUUUGGAAGAUCUGGCGGCCAUCAUAAGGAGCUUAAUUUGGGGUAUUUUUAUGCAGACAAGUAUGUGAAGUGCUGCAGUAAACAUGGUUCUAUUCUUCCCUCUGCUGUCCUGGGCUCUAUAGUUUAGGGCCUAGACAGGGUGCAGUAUACUCCUGGGUACACUACACUAGGCUGAGUGUAGUAUAUACACAGUGCACCCACCUUUAAUCCCAGAACUCCAAAGGCAGAUGCUGGCAGACCUCUGUGAGUCUGAGGCCAGCCAGGGCUCCGUAAUCACAGCCUUUCUCAAAUGAAAAUUAUUUUCAUGCUACAGCCUAGACAGAUCUUUCAAAUCCUGGUCACAAUGACCUCCUUGAUUACACGUCACGUUGAUUACAUGUUGCCCAUGAGAAAGCAGCUUCCAGACCUUCAGGUCAGCCCCUCAGCUUUUCAUGGUUGGCUGACAUUUCCAUGAAUUGCUUGGAGGAGUUGGCUGCAGACGUUAUGUAACUUGGGGUAGCAUUUCUCCUGUGGUUACACAGCUACAUCUCAAAGGAAUAAAUUGGGAUAAGAAGAAAAUGUUAAAUGCCACUGUUCUAAAGAGAAGUUUGGUCCUUUUUUUCAGGGGAGGCGGUUAACAUUUGGAUACCAAUGGUCAGGUGACUUGUCCUUGGUGAAAUUUUAAUUUGUCCCCCACACACAUCCCAUUUGCUGUAUUAUCUGCCAUAGAUGCUGAAAUCUGCAUUGUGUUAUUUAUGAGACUUUAAAUUUGAUUUUUUAUAUGUGUUUGAAUACAGUCCAGCUGUGUCCCA